UCCACACGGGAAGUGGGAGUGUACUUUCGAACAUUGAAACGUGCGGGUGUGCUCAAAAAAUGGUUAUGCCUCACAUAAAACAGAAUAAAACCAAAUUAGAUUAAAAUAUAACGAUUCACACAUACAAAACUCAACAUGUUUCUGGAGAAAGAAAAAAAACACAGCUGGUAAAAUAAGGGAAAUAUUUUAAUUGUUUUCUUCUACCACUAAGCCUUAAAAUACACAACGUAGACAAUCGAUUCGAAGACUGAGGAACAAUUAUGGAAAAUAUAUCUAUGAGGAAGAAUUCAAAACGUCACAUUUACUGUGAAUCUGAAUCUGUGACUGAAACGGCAACAACGGAUAGAAAAAUGAGACAUUUAUGUCACUAUUUUUUCACACAAUGUUUGAAAUAUUUUCGCAGAAAUCCCCUUCAACAAAAACGCAAAGCUCUAGUAAACAAAUCUGGUCAGUACAGUAUAAACUACAGAGGACGGAAACCCAUCUUCUUUAUCAAGGAUUUCUAUCUGACUUUGCUUGAUCUCCAGUGGCGAUGGGCAAUUCUUGCAUUUUUCAUUAUGUACUUUACGAUAUUUAUUUUUUUCACUCUCGCUUGGUUCGCCGUUUGCUGGAUCAAUGGCGAUUUUAUUCACUUGGGAGAUCCGAGUUAUGAACCGUGUGUCAAAGGGGUGACCAGCUUCAUAGGUUUACUUCUUUUCUCUAUUGAGACACAGACUUCAAUCGGGUACGGUUUCGUUUAUCCAAACACGUCCUGCGUCGGUUCCUUGGUCAUUCUGUUUUUCCAAAUAACAGUUGGACUCAUCGCGGAAACUUUUCUACUCACCUACAUUGUAUCCAAGUUUUUUCGACCUUCCAAACGAGCUAAAACAAUUCGCUUCAGCGAAAAUGCGGUGAUUUGUCAAGAGGAUGGCAUACUUUGUCUCCAGUCCAGCCCUUUCUGGAACUGUAAUCCGUUUGAUUUGCAAAAGGAACGAUUUGAAAUCAUAAUAUUCCUCGAAGGUUUCAUUGAGACAACAGGAGAACUGUGUCAAGCCAGAACAUCAUACUGCCAAAAUGAAAUCUUUUGGGGUUACCGUUUCCAGCAAAUUCUUCAAUUUCAUGAGUCAAUUAAGCGUUGGUGUGUUAAUUUUAAAGACUUUGAUAAAAUAAUUGAAACUCCAACACCAGAGAUGAGUGCCAAAUGUAUAGCAGCCAUAUGCACAGGUAAAGAAGUUUUGGACAAUCCUCAUUAUUCAGCAUCAUUUCCAGGAGAAAUCUCAGAGCAAAACCUGAAAGUCUUUGAGUCCAGGUCAGUGAUGAGCUCACCUGGGAACCAGACAAGAAUCUAUGCUGAAACACAAGACUUGGACAAUCAACCACAAACACAUGAACGAAGGUUCUCAAUAUAACAGCUCCCAGGAUGAAGAAAACUUUACCAACCACAGACAAAUCUGGUCAUCCAUCACUGAUUGAGACAACUCAUUUUUUAGUCUUUUGAAAAUUUCAUUUUAACUUAGCAUUUGAAUUGAAAUAACCUUCAAAUCAGAUGGAUUGCUCUCUUCAUUGAGGGCCAGCUUUUAGACAUUAAUAAAUUGUCAUUCCCUUUUAUAUUUUAAUAAUACUUGAGGGUGAUGGAAGGGCAGAAACAAGGCCACUUGUUUAUAUAUAUCUUUUACAUUCUGAAUUUAAAUUCCCCCCAAUUAGAUUUAGCUGUCUUAUCUACCAAGUUUUGUUAAAAUAAAUACCAGCUAACUCAGUAGUUCUCAGCCAUUUUUUACCUAUGGACCCCUUCGAUUACUAUUUUAUUCUUGUGGAUCCCUCCUACACCCAUUUAGUGUUUAAAAACUAGUUUUAUAGAUACAUCUUUCAAAAUUCCUAUUUUGAUUUUCAUCCAUUCAUUUGUGUAGGUUUGAAAUUGGACUUGCAAUAAAUAUACCUAAAGCAAAAUUUUUUUUCAUUGACCCCUAAAAUACUGUGGUUCUUCAAGUUACUACUUUACUUGCAUGGACCCUGGUUGAGAACCACUGAGCUAAUUUAAUCAACCCUAACCCUUCUACUUAAAUGUAUGUUGUACCAAUAGUGAAGAGAGUUUCUGCUUCAAAACUUCUCUCGUAUAUAUAUAUAUAUAUAUAUAUAAAAGAUGUGUGUGUUAAUAGAUAAAUGUUAUAUUUCGAUCUUUCCUACCUGAAAAUGUAAAUCUUUGUGCCAAGUGGAAAUGAAACCCAUUAAACAUAAUUCACAGAAUGGUAGGCACUAUAGCACCUUUGACAUUUCAGGAUAUUCACUUCAAAUUUCGCAAGUGGUGCUUUCAUCCUUUCUUGAAGUCAAUAAAAUGAAUACCUGUUAAGAACUUGA